GUUUGGCCGGAGCAAGGAGUUUGCGUAGCCAGGCAAGCGAAUCGAUAGAGCUCUAUUUUAUUAAUUAAUGUCAACAGUUACGGAGAAACUAGAGGCCGAGAAGAACCGAAGAGAGAAUCUGUGAAUAGUGGCAAAAAAUGAAACAUUGUAUCCGCAUAUUGUCUCUUCCAAGAAAUGUCAAACGAGUUUGUGUGCAACAACAGUGAGCAGUAGAACGCUUCACUGACAGCGCAGCGGGUUAUAUUGUUUUGCUGGAUAUCCCGAGCCUUGGUUGGGAUUUUAGGAGACUACAGAGAAAUGUGUCGGAGGUAAGAUGUCAAUGAUAUUUGUCUACGGGGUUCUGUGGUUGUUUUCGUCUCCCAGUUGUCUUCAUUAUAUUUCCCUCCUAUCGUGCGUGUGUGACUGUCAGCUGACAAGUAGUUCCUGGCUGGUCGAUAUAGGCCUACUGGAGUCGAGGUGGGCAGGAAAGGAUGCAUAUAAGGAAAGAAGAGAGCGAAGGCAGGGGGAGUUAUUGUGGGAUGACUUGUACUGGUGUCGUCAUCCGUAGUUUCUCAUUACCAAAAGCAGUAUAAAGAACAGUCUUAUCUAUUGUCAUGGCCAUACAGUUGUGAUGCAUUUUAACAUAAUGCCAAAUCGGCUACAUACCAAUAUUACAAUGAUUUUGUUUACAUGAUAGUAAAUAAUAGAUUUAAAAAAAAUAGGACUAGUCAUUGUUUGCUAACGUUAUAACAUGGUUACAACAUGUGAUGUCAUGCAUCCAAUGCUCUUUCUUAUUGUCUACUGUAAGCCCCAAGCUGACGUUAGACCCCUCCCACGUGAUUCACACAUGAUGUUGAACAUCACCAAUCCCCCCCCCCCCCCCCCCCAUGAGAUGAGCUUUAAUGUUUUCCCCAUAGCCCAUAUUAGCCCUGUGUAUGCUUUGUUUUUGUAUGCAGGCCUAUGUCAGUGUGCUCAUUAAACAUAGGCAAGUGUCAAGCAGGCGAGUUGCAGGUCACCAUGGAUCAGAAGAUACCUUUGGUCAUGUAGUGUAUGUGGACACCUGCUCGUCCAGCAUCUCAUUCCAAAAUCAUGGGCAUUAAUAUGGAGUUGAUCCCCCCCCUUCGCUGCUAUAAUAGCCUCCACUCUUCUGGGAAGGCUUUCCACUAGAUGUUGGAACAUUGCUGCGGGGACUUGCUUCCAUUCAGCCACCAGAGGAUUAGUGAGGUUGGGAACUGAUGUUGGGCUAUUAGGCCUGGCUCGCAGUCGGCAUUCCAGUUCAUCCCAAAGGUGUUCGAUGUGGUUGAGGUCAGGGCUCUGUGCAGGCCAGUCAAGUUCUUCCACACCGAUCUCGACAAACCAUUUCUGUAUGGACCUCGCUUUGUGCACAGGGACAUUGUCAUGCUGAAACAGGAAAGGGCCUUCCCCAAAUUAUUGCCACAAAGUUGGAAGCACAGAAUCGUCUAGAAUGUCAUUGUAUGCUGUAGCAUUAAGAUUUCCCUUCACUGGAACUAAGGGGCCUAGCCCGAACCAUGAAUAACAGCCCCAGACCAUUAUUCCCCCUCCACCAAACUUUACAGUUGGCACUAUGCAUUGGGGCAGGUAGCAUUCUCCUGGCAUCUGCCAAACCCAGAUUAGUCCGUUGGACUGCCAGAUGGUGAAGCUGGCGCCGACAGACAUGGCAGCUCUGCUUCUAGCUCCUAAGCAACUUAGCUGUAUUAUAUCUUUUUUUGUUUGUUAUUUCUUACAUUAUUAGCCCAUAAUCUUUUUUUGUGUUAUUACAUACAGCCGGAAAUAACUUUUGGAUAUCAGAGGGGCGGUAACUCACCAGCAUUCUGACCAGAAAUACGACUUUCCCGAUUUGGAUCCUUUGUUCGUAGCCCCCAAUGCAAUUUAACUUAUCCCAGAGGCUUCUCCAAAAUGCCGCCGGGGGAGAAGAGGUAUUCGGAGUGGACUUCUAGUCCGACUCAGGAGGCUUGCACACCAUCCACUGCUUCCGAGUAUAUUACUCGCUAAUGUUCAGUCCCUGGACAAUAAAGUAGACAAGCUCAGGGCGAGGACAUACUCUGUUUCACGGAAUCAUGGCUCUCUCCGGAUAUACUGUCCCCAUCCAUACAGCCAGCUGGGUUCUUUGUACAUUGCGCAGACAGGAAUAAAGACAUCUCCGGGAAGAAGAAAGGAGUAGGUUUAUCUUUCAUGAUUAACUACUCAUGGUGUGAUUGUGAUAAUGUACAGGAACUCAAGUCCUUUUGUUCACGCGACCUAGAAUACCUCAAAAUCAAAUGCCGACCGUAUUACCUCCAAAGAGAAUUCUCUUCAGUUAGUCACAGCCGUGUAUAUUCCCCCUCAAGCCGAUACUACGACGGCCCUCAAGGAACUACACUGGACUUUGUGCAAACUGGAAACCACAUAUCCUGACGCCGCAUUUAUUGUAGCUGGGGAGUGUUGUAACCGAGGACAGACGAUUUCAUCAUUCAGCGGUCCCGUUCUGCGAGCUUGUGUGGCCUACCACGUCGCGGCUGAGCCGUUGUUGCUCCUAGACAGUGUUGUAGUACUUGAGACCGGUCUUGGUCUCGAGUCCGGUCUCGAGACCACAUAUUGAGUGUGUCUGUCUUGUCUCUGUGUCUUUUACUCGGUCUUGUCUCGGUCUCGGACAGUGAGGACUCUUUUACGCCGAGACCAGCGGCGUAAAAAACGUAUAAUUAUCAGCUUGAAUUCAGUCAGCUCAUAAAACCGCUUCAUCAGGCCAAAUAUAUACACUCCUUUCUUGAAACAUUAAUAUUUUAUCGCCUAUUGAAACCUGGGAUUCCUACUUUACUCGUAAUAUUACUGUCCUUUACUUUCGUUGAAAAAUAUCCGCAAACUUUGUCCGUAUUUACUUGACUCGCUCGCUGGUAGGGAAGAGUGGGGGAAAUUGUUGGAAACCUGCGCACUCACUAUUGGUAAGGGGAGACAGGGGGGAAUUGUAAUAGUAUUUAUAUCUGUUAUAGACAUGUUUGUGCAGUGUCGAGCCUAUUGGACCUUCAGUGUGUGACAGGCUCGUGAUGCUGAAAGGACAGCAACUGUAAUACCAGCGGAAAGUGCACUUUUUGUAAAACACAAAGGGCCAGUGGUGUAGUGGAGGCUAUACGCAGGUAUACGCCAUAUACCCACUUUGUUUUUCAGUGGGCAUUGCGUAUACUCACUUCUUAAUCCCUACUGUUGCGUAUCAAAGUAGUGUAGUGGAGGUAUACAACUUAUUAACCUCUACGGGAUCGGUGUCCCGUAUAUAUGGGACGGUUGAGCUAACGUGCGCUAAUGUGACUCUGUCUCGGACCCCCGUCUCCCUCUAGGUCUUGGUCUUGACUCGGUCUCACCCCCCCUCCAGUGUUGGUCUUGAAUCAGUCUCGCUUUAGAUGGUCUCGAACACAACACUGCUCCUAGACGUUUCCACUUCACAAUAACAGCACUUACAGUUGACUGGGGCAGCUUUAGCAGGGCAGAAAUUUGGCAAACUGACUUGUUGUAAAGGUUAUAAUGGUGCCACAUUGAAAGUCACUGAGCAAUGUUUGUCUAUGGAGAUUGCAUGGGUGUGUGUGUCAACAACGGGUGUGGCUGAAAUAGCCGAAUCCACUAAUUUGAAGGGGUGUCCACAUACUUUUGUAUAUAUAUAGUGUAUCUAGGCCAACUCAUUUGCCACUUCUGUUUGUUGACCUAUCAAUUGAGGUGUACCCAUUACAAAAUCUACCCAAGCUGACUAAUUUUAUGCAUUGACUCGGUUUGUAAUGUUUGCAUAUCAGUGUCACUGAUCGUUUUAACAAAGAGAAGUGGGUGUUAACCAUGAGUGAUUACAUGUGUCUGUGUCAGUAAGUGCAAGUCUGUGUCUGUCUGUCUGUCUUGUGUGUGUGUGUGAGAAUGCUCUUGUGUGUAUUGCUUCAUGCCUACUGGGCAAAUGCAGACAUUCCAGGAGUGAAUGGAAUAGCACAGGCCCACAGCUGCUGUACAGAGCUACAGCUUCUCUGUGGUGUCUCACUGAAGCUGUCUGACUUCCUGAAGGCACUGACUACACUAGCAACUAUGCACUCUGUAUAGCACAACUGUUACAGAAUACGUAGCUAGUCAAGGUUGACAUUGCCCUUACCCCUGUGAAAGGUUUGAGGCUUCUUACACUACAUCAAACUUUCUCUCUCAGAAUCAUACAUCAUAUUUUUGAAAUAACAUAUGAUAUAGAUUACAUUUCCUUUGAUGACUCAAGUUUAAAACCAGGUCCCUAGCCUCAAGCAGCAAAAGGGGUCAACUAAGUUGGGUGAACUCAAAAAUCUGCUCGAUAACUUUCAACACAACAGCAUCUCUUCUCUGAUCCUAUUCCCAGGUAAUCUACAGUCACUCUGUUACCAUCCCCUUUCCCCUUUCCCCAUCCCCCUAACCUCUUCCCAACCCACCCUGUGAUGAUGUCGUCACCCUCCGCGGUCACCCCCUUGACAACGUCUCCCCCCACCCUCCGCCCCUCCUCCGCCCUGGACUCUCUCUCCAUGUCCUCUCUACUCUCCGGGGACCUAGAGGAUGAGGGGGGGGAGGAGGGGGGCCUGGGGGACCUGGAGGUGAACCCAUACGAUGGCUUGCCCUUCUCGUCACGCUACUACUCUCUGCUGGAGGAGAGGAAAACGCUUCCCAUGUGGAGCCUCAAGUACCGCCUGCUGGAGCACCUGGAAACACACAGCAUGGUGGUGGUCAGUGCCCCCAGUGGCACGGGCAAGAGCACACAGGUAAGAGGCAUGCAAAGUACGUACAAACAUGCACGCCGGUAUAGGCACACACAUUAGCACUGGUGAUGAAGUGCCCAGAGAGAGCAAAGAAGGUGGGGAAACAUGCCAAACAUACAGGUAGAUAUAGAGUACACACACAUGGCUAGGGACCCUCCAAACGUACACAAUAUUCAGACACUGAAGACAGACAGAAAGACAGACCACUGUACAAACUCAAGCAACUAUCACUAUCACGCUAUACACACUCACUUUGUGUGCAUAUCAGUCUCCCUCUUUCUCUCUCCCUCACCCUCUCUCUCCCAGGUGCCCCAGUGGUGUGUGGAGUAUGCCCUGUCCCAUGAGUUCUCUCAGGGCUUGGUGUGCUGUUCCCAGCCCUACGCUGUGGCUGCAGGGAGUCUGGCCCUCAGGGUGGCUGAUGAGAUGGACCUGAGUCUGGGCCUGGAGGUGGGCUACUGGGUCCCCCACGACAAUGGCUGUACCCCCGAUACACUACUUAGGUGAGGAGAGAUGUAGACACACAGGUGUGCAUGAACAUUGGCGCAUGUGUAUGUACACACACAUAGCACAAAGGUACAAGCUUGGGUACACACACAUCACCCAAUCUGACGGCACGUUUCUUACUCAUCUUCUUCUAGCACGUUUAUCCACCCUCCUUUCUGCUCCCCCCGACCUGGAAUAGAAUAUUGUAGUCCUUGUUUCCUUCUCUCUCUUUCUCUCCCCCUGAGGUUUAUAACAGUGCAAGACAAUAGGAUUAAGGGAUGGGGGGGUCAUUUCUCUCCCUGAUCCCUCUCUCACCCUCUCUCUCCUCUCUCCCUCUCUCAGGUUCGUCAGUGACUCUCUGCUCCUGGGGGAGAUGAUGUCGGACCCCCUGCUGCGUCAGUAUGGGGUGCUGGUGGUGGAUGAGGUGCAGGAGCGCACUGUGCCCUCCGACGUCCUCCUGGGCUUGCUGCUGGAUGUGUGCUGCCAGCGCCCCGACGACCUCCGCGUGGUCCUCCUCACCGACCCCUCCCUCGCCCCCAGCCUCGCCACCUUCCUGGGUGAGGGAGUUCCGCUUCUAACGCUGGAUGAGCCUGUCGCGGAUGAGGACCGGCCCGCCAGAGAUACACCCGAGACAGAGACAAGGAGGAGACCACCGGUUGUCGUGGAAACGGUGUACAGGGAUCCUGGAGGGAGGGAGUCGGCGGCAGCGGCGUGUUACAUGGUGUUGGAUCUCCACCGCAGGGGAGAGGAGGGGGAUGUCAUGGUCUUUCUCCCCAGUGCCCAGGUAGAUGCACACACACACACACAGUAUACUAAAUAUAUACAGCUAAUCUCAUCAACUACUGGGGCUGUUUUUAGCCGCAUCAGAUCAUUAGACAGUAGAUGCCCAGUAGUCCUACUGCUGGAACGGAGAAAUGGUUCAGAAGGCUCAGUGGGUUACGUUGGGUCGGGUUAGUUAGGAUAAAUCGGGUGCGUGCAACAGCAGAGUUGUGGAAUGAUAUCCCCGCUCGGGCCACGAGUUAAAUGUAAGUGUCUGCUAAAUGACCUUCCUUUGUAUCCCACCUCUUCUUGUCAGUUUCUGCUAGACUUCCUUCUACAUGUAAAUCCCUAUUGAACUGUGUUAUUUCUUAAUGCUUUGUUGUGCUGUGUUUUGUAAAUGCCAUCUUCCUUGUCUGUUGUUGCCUCUCACCCUGGGGACAGAGAAACAGGGACACUGUAACCUUAGACUGCUGAAUGGCAUCAGGGUGUGUCAGGUGUCCUGUUUAACGCAUCCAGAACACACACACGCUCGCGCGCAGAGAGAGAGAGCACAGAGCCCCAUCAUUUUCACAUCCACAUCUCUUACACACACACUCCCACUAUGUCAACAUCACCACACCCUAGCUCCUCGCCUAAUUCCUGGAUAUGGUUUCAAAUCCUGAGGCAGACCUGGACUUUAGUACAGUACAGUAGUUGAUGCCAAGGCUGCAAAACACAGAGCUAGCUAGCCAGGAGAAUGGAUCUGGUUAAGGCUCAGUAGAAGAGCCACUGUAAACAGAGUAAACAAGGACAUAGAGAAGCACUGUCUGGUGAUGCCUAGUCUCAAUUCAGAUCAACCUAAACUAUGCGUUUAGGGAGAGGGAAACAAAGAGGGAGGGAGCGAGUGGGGGAGAUAUAUGAGAAAGGAGAAGGAGAACGGGCACAGGGACAGAGGCUAUGUCCCAAUACGCUCAAAUAGAUUAUUUUGUACUUUUUAAAACAAUGAAAACCCAUUGGUCUAGCUAGUUUAAGUAGAAGAAGCCAUUACAAAAUAUGGAGACUUUAGCAGGGCAAGGAGGCAGUGGGUGGGGUAAGGGCAAAGAUGAGAAGGAGUUGCUUCCACUCUUCCCCUUUAAAUGCCCUCUGUGCCCUAUGUGCAAUCCCUUUAACUGGUUAGCAUAGCCACUUCCUCUCAGCUGCCAGAAGGAGGGAGAAACUGAUAGCCUUAGAGGGGCAGAGUGGAGAGAGGAAAGAGUGGAUGCAUUUGGAACAAUGUGUACCGUACACACUACAUUUUACUGCAUGUAGGUAGCAUAAAUAGCAUGUUCUCAUUUCAUUGAAAUUACUCUCUCUACUUGUCCACUUAUUCACUUUUUUAUGGCUGGACGACUUUUAGAAUGCCAGGACAUAACAUUUCUCAAGAGAUCGACAAAGUGCCCAGGAUAGAACAAUAGGUAUCCCCAAACCUUUCUUCUCUCUCCUCCCUCUCUCUCAGGAGAUAGACGAGUGUGGCUCUCUGCUGGAGAAGGAGUCUGUGGCCCUGAGCCCUCAGCUGGGGACCCUCAGAGUUCUGCACCUCCACGCAGGCCUCGGAGGGGCAACCCAGCGUGUCUAUGAAGCCGAGCCAGAGGGGCUUUCUGGGGACACGGAGGGAUCCAAGGGGUCUGAAGGACUGGAAGGGCCAGGGAUAGGGGUGGGGACGGGAGCGAGGCGCAGGGUCAUCCUCACAGACACCCUAGGGGAGGCCUCCUUCUCUCUAUCUGGAGUCCGUUAUGUCAUAGACACAGGCAUGCAACUCAAGACAGUGAGUACUCAUUUAUUAGAGAUGGGAGGGAGGAGGAGUAUGUGUUGCACUAUCCUACACAGUGGGCACAUCUCAAUUGUCAAAUGUGGCAAUAGCCACAAUGCUGCAUAACCUCAAUAGACUAUUGAGGUGCACCCAGUCCCAGAGCCAUGCAUAACCUCCCACUCUUCCUGUCUCCGUCUCAUAGGUUUACAACCCUCAAAUUAGAGCGGACUCCCAGGUCCUGCGUCCAAUCAGCCGGCAGCAGGCAGACAUGCGGACGCAGAGGGUAAACAGUGACCUACCAGGUAGGUUAAGGUCAAUCAAAUCUGUUGUAAGAAAUCAUCAUGGACUGUUGUGAUUAUUAGACUUAGUGCACUGUGGUGUAACAUAGCUAUUCAGGCCAACUCUCUUCUCUCUGUGUAUUCUUUUGAACCCUCUCUCCUGUCCCUCCAGGUCUGUGUUUCCGUCUGUACCCCCAGGCUCUGUAUGAGGAGGGCAUGGCGGAGACCCGCAGCCCGGGGGUGGUGGAGGAGAACCUCAGCCACCUGGUGCUACUGCUCAAGAGGCUGGACAUCGCUGACAUGGGCCAGUGCAAGUUCCUGGACAGGCCUGGUAAGGAGGGCCAUCUAGCUAGUUCGGCCAUGUUGUUUCCUUUGAAAUAAUAAAGUACACCUUGCACCAGACCUGGGUUCAAAUACAUGUGUAUUUGAGUAUUUGGUAUUUAAAAUACUUUGGACUAUUUUCAAUUACACUGCACAAAAACAAGUACUUUUAUUUCAGUAUUUGAAUGGUUAUUUGUAAAAGCCAAAUAGUCUACCAAAUUGUAUUUGAAAGUGUUUUCAAAUGCUUAUUUCAAAUACUAUUUUCUAAUACCUGGGUUAAAUGCAUUUGAGUCAGUGUAUUUUAGUAUUUUCAAAUACUUUCCAAGUGUAUUUCCAAAUACAUUAAAAUAUUCAACUGCUUAUCUUUUCAAAUAAAAUAUAUCUGAAUACUUACUUUGUAUUUAAAAGUAAUUGAGAUAUUUUAAAAAGCUAUUUGAACUCAGGUCUGCCUUGCAUUCAUGGGAUUCAUGUUACAUUCAUGUUUUUACUAGGUGCCUUCUAUUUUGUGAUAUCAGACAAAAUAUAAGAUCUUUCCAUAUCCCUCACCUUCUUCAAUCCAUCCCUCUCCGUUUUAUUCACUCUCUCUUUUUAUUCUCUCCUCCUCCUCUCUCCCUCCCUCGCCCUCCCACAGCUCCCGAGGCUCUGAUGCAGGCUCUAGAGGACCUGGACUAUCUGGCAGCGCUGGAUGAUGAUGGGAACCUAUCUGAGGUGGGCAUCAUUAUGUCAGAGCUGCCCCUGGAGCCCCCGCUGGCCAAGGCCCUCAUCGCUGCCUGCGAGUUCGACUGUGUCAACGAGCUGCUCACCAUCGCUGCCAUGCUCACAGGUACACACAGCACACACAUACACUGGCCAAGGGGCUUAUUACUGGCUGUAAAAUGAGCCUUUAAUAACCCUUUUUUACAUGCAUUACAGAAUAGUGCUUUGUUUUGUUUCUAUAACUUAGACUUAAGUUUUUGAACAGUCAUUCAUUGAAAUUAUCCACCUGCGUGUGUUCCCAGCUCCCCCCUGCUUUGUGACCCCCACACCCCAGAGAGAGGAGGCAGCAGCCACUCACAGACGCCCCGUGUUGCACAACGAGGGAGACCACCUCACCCUCAUCAACAUCUACAAUGCCUAUAUACAGCGUGAGACUAUAUACCACACCCACACUCAUAGAUAUACACAUAUAGGCAUGAAACAGACAUGCAUUUCACACAACCUCUAUUCCUUGAAUAUUGAAUGUGUGUUUCUCUGAUUCAUAUUUUAGACAAUGAGGAUGAUGCCUGGUGUACUACCAACUUCCUGAACCCCGCCGCAUUACGAUUGGCUGUGGUGAUCAGGGCGGAGCUGCUGGAGGUGAUGCAGCGAAUAGAGUUGCCCGUCUCGCCUCCAUCCUUUGGUUGCCAAGAUAACUGCACUAAUAUCAAGCGUGCGCUCAUCUCAGGGUUCUUCCUCAAGGUAAAAGGACUCAUCAGUCCACUUCUCCAUUUAAGAUGUAAUUUAGUUUGUUUGUGUCUAACAUUUGCCUGGGAAAUAUAUAGACCCUAACCCUUCUCUCUAUCCUCCCCCUAUUUCUUCCUCCUCUUUUUGUCUUUCCCUUACUGUCUUUCUAAAUGUUCACAUUCUCCUCUCUCUCUGUCUUUUGCCCCUUCCUCUUCCCCCUCUCUUUCUCUCGGUCUCUCCUGUUCUUUCUGUAUUUGUUUCUCCCUAUCUCAUUGGAUUUCCUCUUCUCCCUUCCCCCCCUCCUCUCUUUCUCAGGUGGCUCAUGAUGUGGAUGGCUCAGGUAACUACCUCCUGUUGACUCACCGUCACGUGGCUCACCUCCACCCCUUCUCCUCCUACCUGUGUCGCCGGCCGCGCCUCAACCCCCCCUCCUGGGUGCUCUACCACGAAUUCACCAUCUCCCACGACAACUGCAUCCGCACUGCCUCCGAGGUGCACCCCCACAUGUGAGUAACCCCAAAAUGUUUUGUGAACUUUUGUUGUUGAGCAAAUCCAUGUAGAUAGUAAGUGUGUAAUGUACACAGUAACCCUGAACUUCUUUGGGCCAUCCACAGUGGUGUCUUUACUUCCUUUUGGAAUACUAGUCCUUUGAUAAACAGUAAACUGUACUAUCUGUCAGAAGAUAGUGGUGCGUACCAGGUUGUCUUUAGUGAUCAGAUCGCACAACAAGAAGCAUUAAACUUCUCUGGAACCAGGUCAAUAUGAUAUAGCAAUCUCAAUGUCAUUACAUUGAGGUAAACUAGGCAUUUAAGUGCAUUACUUUGAUAACCUACUUUGGUAACCUUGGCCUCUUACUGUUUCCUGUGUAGGUUGGUGGAGCUGGCCCCUCUGUACUACCUGGGCAACCUGCCGUCCAGCGAGGGACGGGACCUGCUGAUGGAGCUGAGACAGAGUCUGCUGCCCCCAGAGGAGGUGCAGGAGAGGGGCCCAGAGGGGGUCUACGACACACGCCACAUUGAGGAACACCUAGACAGGACCGGAGAUCCACGUAAUCAGGACAGUACUGAGCUGUGUGUCAUACAGUGACGGGAACGGAGUGGGCAACCGAAAGCAGAACCAAGGGAGGAGAACCUGAGAGAGAGGACUUGGAUGCACUAUGCAGGAUACUGUCAAGUUCUACCAGGAACACACUGUAGAGCUAUACUGUACUAUUGCAUGGACAGCUAAUGAGGGAGAGUACGUACAGUACACUAUCCAGCCAUACAACGUUGUAUGGAAGCAGUUGUUUCCAUCUGAGUGAAUAAGGGCUCAGCUACAGGUGUUAGUGAAAUCUUUCUCAAAUGAGAUUAAAUGCAUUUUUGGCACAUGAAAAUGUGUGAGUUAAGGGCAAUUUCAGACUGAACCUAGAGUUCCUAUAAAACAAACUGUAUACUGGUAUGCAAAUAAAUAUAUAUUGGGAAUUAUAUAUGGCCAGAAAUGUUGACUUCUACGAGGUUCCCUGAUACUUCACUGAAGAGAUCAUCAGUCAGCUGUCAACUAGUGGACAUGCAUCCCUUCAAUGAUGACUGGUGAGGUAUCGCAUUGAUGCUGUCACUUCCAGGGAAUUUGUGUUUUUUGUCUGUUGUGGCACCAGCACCCAUCUCUUCAGUGGAAGCUAUUGGUUGACCUAUGAUCCCUCUGUAGAAGU